UUUUGAACAGGUUAUGAACCGCUAUCGUCACGUGACUGGAAUUUUCCAUAGGCUUUGAAAGUAGCUCUGCGCCCACAGCAACACUAGUUACAAAACAAGCGACGACGACAGACGGAUCAACCCCGACGAAGAGACAUCGACUUCGCUUUUGCUAAUAAACGGCUACAAACUCACAUAUUUGAUUAAUAUUCGUAAUAUAUCGUCUUGAAGGUUAUUUUCUUGCCUUGAAUCGUUUACAUCGACGUUACCACCAGAACAAAGCUACAAUCUACACGCUUGUGGCAGUACACAUAAACAAUGGCCAAGGGAGAAGUCGCACACUCUAAAAUGGCCUACGAUCGUCAAAUUGAUGGCAUCAAAGUCAUUUUUGACCAGAGCAGCCCGGUCCCUUCUCGCUCCCGAUCCAGGAGCAACAGUGGCAGCAAACCCACCUCUGGCUCCGGCCGCUCCAAGGGCCGUGUCAGCCGCAGGAGGCGCUACAGAUCAUCCUCCAGCAGCAGCAGCUCCUCGUCUCAUUCCAGGUCCCGCUCUCACCCCCGAUGCCACAGACCUUCUUCCCGUUGUCGCUGUGACAACCAUCGCAGAAAUGACCGUAGCCGCCAAGCACCACCACGUCGCGACAGGGCCGGCUCCAGGUCCUCCAGCCACAGGAACAGGAACAAGAGGGCUGCGAGCCCCUCUUCCAAAUCCCAACCCAGAACCCACAGCGGCAGCUCAAGAUCUGGAUCUUCAGAGGAUUCUGUCAACCUGAGAUUGGAUGACAAAGGAGAACUGGUCAGAGCUGCAAAGGCCAUUGAAAUGACAAUCCUAGGAGUGGAGAAGGAGGAACUUCCUGAGAGUGUGGAACCAGUCCUGUCCGAGGAGUCGGUCGAGUUCAAACGGGUGUCCAUAGAUACAUGGGUGAGACAAGACCCUGAAAAGACUGAGUCACAGAGCGAUGAGGAGGAGUCUGAUGAUGUAUUCAGCCCCAGGAUGUCCCCAAAAAGGAAAACUAUCUCUUUCAGCAUUAAUAACUCUUUGGUGAAGCCCACGCUGGCGGCUCAGUCUGGAGCUAAGGUAACCUCCAGAGUGGACAGCUUCGACAGCAGGAAGCCCUACGGUCACUGGGUUCGGGUCAAAUCAGGCAAAUCUAUGAAUGCGCGCAAACACACAUUCUCUACGACACACUAGUGUGUCAGAGUGCAUGGACCCUGUAAAUACUGCACAUGAUUUGUACAUAUGCUUCAACAUAUUAUGGUCGCAAUUUUUUUUCAGAUGUUGAAAGAGUAAAGUGGGAACAACUGAAGAAAUUCAUUCAGGUGGGAUAUUUUUUUCCCUUUGUUGUAUAUUGUGCUUUUUUUCAAUAAAGAUAUUUAUUUGAUUACAA